AUAACAAAGUGGCUUCCGUCUUUUUGUUGCCAACAGGAAUCCUACACACUCUUUUUUAAUACCCAAAGAAGACAUACUUCAGAGUAAAAUACUCUGAAGCAAAGAAAUGGGUAACGUGCUAAGCAUUCACCAGGCAGGACCUGGAUCUAAAUCAUCAAUAACAUGCCAAAGGUCUCAUAUCAGCAACAGGUGGAGAAAAGAAUUGGAGAAGCUUGUUGGUGCUGAUGAAAGUAAAAUAACCAGGGUUAGAAAUAUUAUUUAUGUGAAUGAUCCAGAAUUCUGCAUCGCAAGGGGAAGUGAUGGUACUAAAAUCUUCUUGGGGCUGAGAGAUGAUGGCACUGAAGUUGCUAUUAAGAAAAUGUCAAAAUAUGACAUCAACUAUCAAGUGCUGAAGAACGAGAAGUAUAUUCUGCAACUUCCAGAGCUGGAUCAGUCAUUCAUUGUACGAUACAUUGACUUUGCAGAGGAUGAGAACUUUGGUUAUCUUUUUCUGCAACUUUUUGAAUACACCCUGGAAGAAUACAUUAAGAUUUGUUCGACAGACGAGCUAGAUCUAAUUGUGCGUUACAUCCUCAAAAGUGUAAAGGUGCUUCAUGGUCAAAAUCCUCCAAUUCUUCACCGAGAUCUCAAUCCACAGAAUUUUUGGAUCGAUGUUACCAAAAGGGUGAGAUUGGCUGCUUUUGGCUUAUGUUGCCGGGCCAAGGAGACUUUGACAGGAGAAGAUAAUGUGCCAUACAACUGGAGCAAUGACAUACAGGCGGUCGGGAUGCUGAUUUAUUAUAUCCGCUCCAGAGGACACCAUCCUUUUGGUGAAACCAAUCACUGUCAGAACAACAUUUGUAAAAGGAAGUACAGUUUUUACCAUUUUAAAGAUUUGCUGGCAAAGGAUCUCAUUCAGAAGAUGAUUGACAAAAAACCAGAGAACAAACAUACAGCACAAAAAUGCUUGAAUCAUCCCUUCUUCUGGCUCAACAAAGAGAUAUUUGAAUACAUCAGGAGGUUUGGAAACAGGAAGGAGGUGGCAAUGUUUAAAAAGGCCUCCCAGGAAUUCAUUUCUUUACUGGAAUCAUAUGCUGAGGAUGGAUACUUCAGAGGGUGGAAAGAUAAGUUUCCACAGGAGUUGGUCCAGAAGAUGGAUGGCAAGAAGAAAGAGCCCUGUUACUGUGACAAUGCGUUGGCAUUACUGCGCUUCAUACGAAAUGCCUGUGAGCACUAUCCGGAGGACAUUGAAAAAAUUGUGAUGUCAGAGUUCCCUGUUCUCUUUGUAUGCGCUUAUAAAUUUGCCGAAAGCCAAGGGUGGAAUUCAGAGACACCUCUGAAACAAAUGUUUACAACAGAAGAUGCCAGAGGUGUAAUGCCGCCAACAAACUGUGAGGAGCAUCUCAGCGUCCCAGUUCAAGAAUCUCAACACACUUUCACUAAGCCAAUUGCAAAAGCCCUGCCGCAAUGAGUUGAUUUGAAUGAACAUCUGCUAAAUGCAUAAUAUGGAUGUACAUAUUACAAAAUUCACCCCAGAUCCAGAAACUGCAAUCUUAGGUCAUUCAGUACUGUGUUAUAAUAGUUAAGAAAUCAAAAUUUUCCACCACUACUAUCAUUUUGUUCUGCACACCACAGGACACGGCUGUCUGCCCCGUCUUUCUCACCUGCAGUAAGGUGAAGUCUGGGUGAAAGGGGGGGUCGGGUAACAAUAGGUCCCUCGUCCCUGGAGCACAGCAUGAAGCAUAAACCUGCUGCAAUUAGGAGAGGAGGGGGAGGAUAAGUCGAGUUCUGGGUAGCAGAGAUUUA